AUGGAAGGACGCAAAUGGAAGGAUUUGAGUGCGGAUUGCUUGGUGAAUGUGUUUGGGAGAGUUGGAAUUGAAUCACUGCUUUCAGAUGUUCCAUUUGUGUGCAAGUCAUGGCUCAAUGCCACUCUCAGUUCUCUUUGCUGGCAGGAACUUGAUUUCUCUCAAAUCAAACUUCGUCCAUGCCAUUUUGUUGACAAAAGUAGAAUAGUGGAUGAAUAUCAAUUAAAAUGCAAUAGGUCUGUCACUGAAUUCAUCAAGUGUCCUGACUUAAAGGUUUUGCUACUGUCUUGCAUUACACCUCGUGAUAAUCUUUUGCAAAUACCAAACCUUGUGAGCAAGUGGAAAAAUUUAGAGUUUUUAGGGCUUUUAGAGACAUUUUUAAUCCAAGAAGUCUUCACCCAAAUCAGCAUUCAUUGCAAGAACUUUAUUGGAUUGACUGUUGUCAUUGCCAUUAUUAAGCAAGAUGUUGCUUCAGCUCUUGAUUUGACAAAGCUGAUAGAAGAGCUAUUAAAGCUUGCAUCUCACAUUUGCACCUUCAAGCAUGAGGGUUCGAGGUUGUAUGAUGACUAUGAUGAUUAUUUUUGUUAUCAAGACACUGUGUAUGAUAUUGAUUAUGCCUUGUUUGAGUAA